CAACUCCCGUUCAAUCGUUUCAACCCGCCAUCGACAGCAUGCACGCCUUUAUCAUCAUCUCCUCCCUCGCGGCCAUCGCCGCCGCCGCCACCAACGGCACCUUCACCGACGACCGCGGUGUCUGGACCAUCACCAAGUUCAACUACCACACCACGCCCUCUGGUGCCCACCCCUUCUACCAGUUCGACGCCCAGUACUCGGGCGAUGCCGCCGACAAGGUCAACUCCUGCUCUCGCGAGUACGGCGGCUCCCCCGACGCUAAGCGUCCCGGCCCUUACUGCAGCGACCCGGCGCUCAGCUUCGAGGUCAACGAGUCCGAGAAAAUUCUGUCGCUUACUCAGACUAUCAACGAGCAUGAGGUCAUCCGUGGCGAGCAGAAGUUCGAGUUGGACUGCCACAACGACUCCAACGGUGCCUAUAUCUGCAACGCGGAUACUUUUAAGGUUUCCGUUAGCACGGCCGUUGCUUAAAGGCGAAAUAAUACAAGGAAAGAUGCUACGAUUUGGAAUGUGUACAAUUAAUUUUUUGAUAUUUGUAAAAUCAGGGCAUAUCAAAUCGUUUCAAAGCGCAACUUGAAAAUCUACUAUCUUUCAAAACC